AUGGAAUCAGUCAAACAAGCAGUCGGCAUGUCUCCAGACGGCCCACGAGUAGCAUGGAUAGGCCUGGGCAACAUGGGUAGAGGCAUGGUGAAGAACAUCGUCGAGAAGGGCAAAUACUCGCCUCCGCUCCUCAUCUACAACCGAACGACUGCCCGUGCUGAGAAGCUCGCAUCGACACUGCCCUCCGGCAAAGCCAAGGUCGCAACGUCAAUAGAAGAGUGCGUGAAGGGCGCGGACAUCAUAUUCACAUGCGUGGGCGACGAUGCGGCGAUCAAGCAUACCAUUGACACAGCACUGAAGGUGCCAGAGGCCAAGCAAAAGCUGUUUGUGGAUUGCUCGACGGUACAUCCGGACACCACGAAUGGGCUCACAAAGACAAUUAACGACGCCGGCGCAUCUUUCGUGGCAUGUCCCGUCUUCGGCGCACCGGCUAUGGCGGACAACGGCCAGCUGGUAUGUGUUCUGGCAGGGCCAAAGAGCGAAGUCGACAAAGUCCGACCAUUCUGCAAAGGCGUCAUGGGCAGGGCAGAAGUGGACUACAGCGACCAGCCACAAGGCAAUGCCAGCCGCAUGAAAGUCAUUGGCAACACGUUCAUUCUUCAGAUGGUCGAAUCGCUAUCAGAAGGCCAUGUGCUGGCGGAGAAGAGUGGUCUUGGCACCGACAACCUGCAUUCGUUCGUUGAGACUAUGUUCCCAGGCCCGUAUACUGCAUACUCGAACCGCCUGAGGAGUGGCGACUACUAUCAGCGAGAGGAGCCAGCGUUCAAUGCGAAGCUUGCGCGGAAAGACUACGGUCAUGCGAAGUCGUUGGCGGAUCGAGCGGGGGUGCAGAUGAAGGCGUUGGAUGUCGCUGGGCAGCAUCUUCAGGAUGUCGUUGAUCAUGCUGGGGAUAAUGGGGAUAUUGCUGGGGUGUAUGGUGCUGUGAGGAAGGAGGCUGGGUUGAAGUUUGAGAACCAGCAGUAG